UUAGUAACCAAGCAAUGAGGCAAUGCUAAGCAUUGAAUGCUUCGUAGUUCCAUGGAUGUAAAAUUUAAAUUUUUUGAAUUGUUGUGUGCAAAUUGAUUCAACGUUGAGUUACUUUAUUUGGAGAAAAUUCAUUAAAUUAAAGUUCCGUGUUCUCUUAAGGUUAAUUAUUUUUUGUUAGACACUAGUGGUCCGAUUUUAUCAUUUAAAAAGAAUUGCCGUAAAAUGACAAACUUACUAAGUGCAGUUUUGGUUGGAGAUGAACUUGGAUUCAUCAAACGAUUAGAUCUACAUGCUAAAGAGAAACAAACCAAGGAUAAAAAGACAUUGUUAACCUUGAAUCGAGAAUUCAUUGGUGAACCUUCACCAGAUAAAUCAGUUCUUUCUAUCACACCUUUAGCUGUACCGGAUUAUUUUCAUAAUUUAUCAGAUGAAGCAGAUGAAAUUGAUGAUAGUAUUGGACACAACUACUCUGAUGAUUUCGAAGAUGUACCCUACGAAGAGUCUAAUUUUAUUUAUCUCAUAGCAAGUCGACCAAAUCAUAUAUAUCUUUACAAUUCUUAUAAUCAAAUGUUUGCUACGAUUGCGAAUCCAGUUGAAGGAAAUCUAGUUGGUUCCUUACCACUCAAUGGCAAUAAAAUAAUUUCUUGUUAUGAUAAUGGGACGGUUAAUAUACAAAACAUCGAAACAGAUUUGAUUGCUAUAUCGAGUCGGAGUAGUGCAAAAGCAUGUAAAGUAUUAGGAAUCGGUGCAGAUCUAAAAGAAGCCGAUCAUAGUGAUGAUGGUGAUGCAUGUGGUCCAAGGGCAUCCAAAAAGAUUAAAAAGUCGCAUUCAAAAUCUAAAGAAAAUAAGGAGAAAGACAGUUCAGCCUCUACUAUCACUACAAUAUUUUCACCUAACUGGCAGCCAUCAAAUGUCUGUUUGACUUGUUUUAAAGUUCAAGAUGAUCGAGUUGCUAUUGGUGGUAAAAAUUUUGAUAUGCGAGUUUUUGAUUUAAACACUAAACAGUGUAUUUUUACCGCUAAAUCACAAAAUCGUGAUUGGCUUGGUAUAAAGCAUAAAGUUUGGACCUCUGAUUUAGACUGGAUUGGCCCAUUUUCUGGUAAACAGUCAUCAAUCAACUCAUCAACUUUGAUCACUUCGCCAUCAAUGAUUGCAACUUGCUCUCGCACUGAUCCUGUUGUUCGUAUCUAUGAUCUUAAAGUUUCAAGUCGAAAAUCUAUCUGGCAAUUAAAUUUCAAAGAUCAAAUCUUCAACAAUGAUUCUAAUCCUCCAUCGUUCACCAAGAUAUGUGCAACACCAACUCCAGCCGUUAAAUGUUCCCCUACACAAAAGUUAAUUCUAGGUACCACAAUGGGUCGAAUGAUGGCAGUCGAUUUACGGUUCAACUCUCAUACCUGUAGACAUUUAGGUGUAUUUAAAAGUUUUGGCGGAGGUGCAAUAAAAGAUAUAAAAUAUGUACCAAUAGAAGCCAAUCUCGGAAAAGUGGUCUCUUGUAGUUUAGAUCGAUUUGUGAAAAUUCACUCUUUCUCCAUGGGUGCUGAUAGAACACGAUCUCUUGACCAUCGAUAUUACAUGAAAACAAAGCCUACCUGUGUACAGCCUAUUAUUUCAAAUGUACUCUUCCCUGACCAAGACUCAGACGACCAAGAUGACAAUGAAGCUGAUGAUAAUGAUGAUGAUGACGAUUCUCGCAUCUCAUGAGACACAACUGCAAUUGAAUGCACAUUAAAAUUAAAGAUUAAUGAUUAUUUUGUUUUAA